GAUUUGUAGAGCUCUACAUUAGCACUGGAGACAGACUGACUGAACACAUGCUCCUUGGACAGGACAAGAAAGAGGAGAAUCAGCAAAAUGAGUGAAAAUCAAGAGGGCAAGGAAGAUGUAAAAUCCUGCUGCCAACAGUGUGAACAAAUUCAACGUGACUGCAAGGAAAGGAUUGCUGAGAUGCAAGCUGAAUGCGACAAGAAACUUGGAGGGGCAAGCAAAUGCUCUACGGAAAACAAAGACGUAGAAUCCAGGGACCAGCAGUGUGAAAAAACUCUCCGUGAUGGCCAGGAAAGGAUUACUGAGACAAGAGCUGACUGCAAUGAAAAGCUUGAGGAGGCAAAAACACACAAUGAAGACAAAGAAGUGAAAUCCAGCUGCCAACAGUGUGAACAAAUUAAACAUGACUGGAUGAAAAAGGUUUGUCUCCAAAAAUGAAUUAUGAAUGUUCACAGAAUUUGUGUUUAUAUUUUGCUUUACAUUGUGAAUCUGUAGUCUGAAGUGAUGUUACCAAAAUAAUCAUUUAUGAUGAUUUAAACACAGGAUUGCUGAGAUACAAGCUGAAUGUGACAAGAAACUUGAAGAGGCAAGCAAGGAAGACGUAAAAUCCUGCUGCCAACAGUGUGAACAAAUUCAACAUGACUGCAAGGAAAGGAUUGCUGAGAUGCAAGCUGUAUGCGACAAGAAACUUGGAGGGGCAAGUAUGACUGAGAUGGACAUUUUUUACAAAGGCCGACUUGAAGAGACAAGAUGUGCCCUGAAACAAACACAGGAAGAAUUUAAAUCAUUCAAAGACAGGGUGGCACAAGGCCUUGGUCUCUCAAUAAAGACAGGAGACACUGAGAGUAUGAACAACCCAGUCAGCAAAAUGAAACUUAAACAGAUGUAUGAUAAUUUGAGAAUUACAAAAUGGCCAAAAAUGAGAGGAAAUCUGAAUUCAAACAAAAUGAAUGAAGAAUUUGCCAGAGCUUUAAUUCAGAAAAUGUUUGAAGACUCGAAAAAGCAAAUGGAGAAGAACAAGAAGCUGAUAAUGGAAAUGUGUGGGCUGGAUGAGAACAGUAAAGGACCAACACCUCAGAGGGUUACACAAUACACACAGUUAACAAUUCAAAAUCUUCAGCUGGCUCUGUUCUAUAGCAGAAAAGAAGAUGUUCAGACUCCUUUUCCUGAAUAUAAAGGUGAAAACCCCCAGGAUGUGAUGGUGACUUUCAGACAUCUGGCUGCUGAGUGCUACUGGUUGGGCUGUUUGAUGGCUUUAAACAAUCCUCCUCUUGAACCUUGCCGGAAGUGUGAUGAUGAACUGAACCCUUCGGAAAUUUUCCCACGUCACAUUGAAUCGGCCUGUGAAAUGGAACCAAUGGAGCAAUGACAAAGUGAAUCUGCCUGGUUUAGGUGACCAGCACUAUUGCUAUUGAUUUCAAAUAAUGCUAAAAAAGAAAUAAUGCUUUUUGCUCUCACAUUAGGUUACAGCACAGAGACAUUUAGUUUACUGCUUUAUUUUACUUUAGCUUAGAGACUGGAAAUAGGAAACCAUCUAGCCUGUAUAAAAACAGAAAUGUAAAAAUUCUUUAUUAUUAUAUAUUAUUAUUAUAUAAUUUAUUCUCUUCCCAUAUGCGUUACAAUUAGUUAUUUUUGCACUUUGAUUCAACAACUGAGAUAUACUGUGUUAAAUAAUAGGCUGCAAAGGUGAUGGUAGGUGCAUUUUAUCACCUUCUGACAGAAUGAGACAAGCUGUUUAUCCCUAUUUACAGUUGUUAUGCUAUGCUAAUUUACCUGCCUUCUAACUGCAGCCUCAUAUUUACUGUACAGAUACAACAACAGCAUCAGACUGUCAGGAAGAAAGCAGAUUAGCAUGCCUCUCUCAACAUUUAAUACCUGUGAUAGUUAAUUUGUGUAUAGUGCUAUAACCACACAGCUACCAAUAUUCUAUUUCAUAAAAAGUGAAUCAAACAGUCUUAUAGUGCCAGUUUGAUAUAUUUUACACUUUUUUAAAGAAAAAAUGUUAGAAGUUAUUUCUGAAAACAUUUACAAAUAUGAUUAAUGUUUCUGUUUUAUUUAUUUUUAUCAUUUAUAACAUAAUGCAGACUUAUUGCUAAAUCAUAAGUGGAUAGGUAGAUGGUGUUCUGUAAUAUUACUAUUAUUAUCAUUAAAGUUACAGUUUUUACUACAUCUGUAGUGUCAAAAGUAAUUAUUACUCUAAAGGUUUUGCCAGAGUAUCUUCUUGUCUUCUCAGAUUGUCACUACAGAGGUACAACCUUCAAACAAUCACACAGACUCUGUGAUAAAUAAAUAAUUUACUGGAUAUAAACAUUUCCCAUCAAUCUCAGACAUGUCUUUUAGUCUUUUAAAAUCAGUGAUAUGAACUCAUGACCUAUGUCAAAUACAGUUUAUAUCAGAAGUUAGGGGCAUGUCUUAUGAUCUCACUAUUGUAUUUUAUCAGAG